AUGCCUUCUUCCGCCCCUUUCGCCAAGUACAUCGAGGACAACCAGGAUGCGUUGAUCGAGCGCCUCGCUGCGUCUGUUGCGAUCGCCUCCGUCUCGGGCGACCCUUCGUACCGACCUGAGGUGCACCGCAUGGGCAAGUGGCUUCAGGACGAGCUCGUCAAGCUGGGUGUCGAGUGAGUGGUUGCAUCUUGGCUGCUGAUGCGGUUGCUUCUGGGGUGUGGACGACUGUUGGGGGGAGGCGACCUUUCAUUUCGUCGGGCGAGGGUGCGACGCGAGAUAAGCUUCCCCAGGCUCAGGCGGAGAGAAGAGAGAUGACCUCAACGUCAUCACGCCCGUCGCCCAUCGGCGGCCCCCCACAACCGCCGCAGCUCUCUCGCCCAAUCGGAUCAUUGAUCCCCACUCUCCACCUCGUUCACAGAGUCGAAUCCGUUCCCCUCGGCCCUCAGACUCUUGAAGGCCAGGAGGUGCAACUGCCCCCCGUCUUGCUCGGUCAGUCUUUGCGGUGACGACCCAGUCGGGAACACGACGGACUUGAGGAAGGCUGACCCUCUGUACCUCCCCCACAGGCAAGUACGGCUCCGACCCCAAGAAGAAGACCAUCCUCAUUUACGGCCACUACGAUGUUCAGCCCGUACGUCAAACGCAUAAAGCUCCUAACCCACCCCACUCAUGUCCGACCUCGGAGCCCCCACGCUGACGGUGUCUCCUGUGCUCUUUCCCCACCCCGCGCACCCCACGGAAAUCCAAACAGGCGCUCAAAUCCGACGGCUGGGAGACGGAGCCCUUCGAACUCAAGGAGGACAAGGCCACCGGCCGCUUCUACGGUCGAGGAUCGUCCGAUGACAAAGGUCCCAUUCUUGGGUGGUUGAACGUGCGUCUCUAUGAGGGCCAUGUAGAGACACACGCCCCAACGAGAGACUCACACACGCGUGAGGUGUAUUGCACAGGUCAUCGAGGCUCACCAAAAGACCAACACCGAGAUGCCCGUCAACCUGAGAAUGUGCUUCGAGGGUAUGGAGGAGUCCGGAUCCAACGGCCUCGAGGAAGUCGUUGUUGCCGAGGCCAAGAAGACCUUUAAGGAUGUCGACGCCGUCUGCAUCUCCGUGAGUUCGCGCCUGCAGUACCAUUUGGCUAAACGAGACUGACCCUGUUGAGAUGACGGCCGCUUUGACAGGACAACUACUGGCUCGGCACCACUUCGCCUUGCCUCACCUAUGGUCUCCGAGGCUUGGCCUACUUCUCCGUCUCCAUCUCCGGACCUGGUGCCGACUUGCACUCCGGUGUCUUCGGUGGUAUGGUCCACGAGCCCAUGACCGACUUGUUCGCCAUCUUCUCCAAGCUCGUCACCCCCCAAGGUGAGAUUCUCGUCCCCGGCAUCGCCGACAAGGUUGCACCGUUGACCCCCGAGGAGAAGAAGCGCUACGAGGUCAUCGACGUCAAGGUGAGUUGAGAGGAUCUGCAGAUAUUGGACUCGGAGUCUGCGCAAGCCUCUACUGACCAUUGUCCUCGCUGCGCAGGUCUCCGACUUUGAGCAAGCCGCUGGCGCCGAGGUGACGAUCAGCCAGGACAAGGCCACCGUCUUGAUGGCUCGCAUGCGUUACCCCUCGCUCUCGAUCCACGGUAUCGAAGGUGCCUUCUCCGCCGCCGGUGCCAAGACGGUCAUUCCUUCGUCCGUGCGAGGCAAGUUCUCGAUCCGCCUCGUGCCCGACCUGACCCCUCAGGACGUCGAGAAGCUCGUCCAAACCUACCUUCACGAGGAGUUUGCCAAGCUUGGCUCCAAAAACACGUUCAAGGUCGAGAUGUUGUCCGGCGGUAUGCCCUGGGUCGCCUCGAGUAAGUCUGAACGAUCUCUUAUAGUCUCGGUUUGCGCAAUCCGGCCGAUAGUGCGCCUCGGUUCCCGCUCGCUUCACGCACGCCUGCCGUGCAGAGCCCAGUCACCCACGCGCAAACUCAAUCGUGCGAUUCCCCCGCGGAAACCGGCUAACUUUAUUUAAUCUUUUUCGUCAAAAUAGUCGACCACUGGAACUUCCGAGCAGGUACAAAGGCAACAGAGACCGUGUACGGCAAGACGCCCGAUUACACGCGUGAAGGUGGAUCGAUCCCCAUCACCUUGACCUUUGCCGACGCGCUCGGCGUGAACGUCAUGCUCUUGCCUAUGGGACGAGGCGAUGACGGAGCCCACUCGGUAAACAAAAACAAAAAUCAUUUCGUUUUCGUUUGUUCUACAGUCACCUUCACUGACACGACAUAUUCUUCCCCCUUUGUUCUACCAUGCUUUGUCAUUCGGUUUGUGUGUUGGGCUUGUCUUGGUCUCUAGAUCAACGAGAAGCUCGAUCGAUCGAACUUUGUGCAAGGGUCCAUCUUGCUUGGCGAAUACCUUACCGAGGUCGCCAACCUCGCCUAA